AUGUCGUCGCCACAUCACCCGCAGAGUAACGGGUUUAUCGAAUCGCAAGUCAAGAUCGCUAAGAGAGCUCUCGAGAAGGCAAGGGAGAGCGGGACCGACCCGCACUUAGCACUGCUGUGCAUUCGCGCCACCCCAGUGUGCCAGGGCUUACCGUCGCCGGCCGAGAUGCUGUUCGGUCGUCAGGUACAGGACAACCUGCCUCGCAAACACCAGCGCGACACUCGGGACGAGGCCAUCCGACAGAAGCUCGAGGAACGGCAGGACCAGCAGAAAGUACACCAUGACCAGCGAGCGCAGUCUCUCCGCCCCCUAGUUCCUGGUCAGCACGUCGGCAUCCGCAGCCCGACCACGCACCUGUGGGAACCUGGUAUCGUAACCCAGUCUGUCAACGGGCCACGGUCAUACAUGGUGCAGCCUGACCAUGGGACAGAAGUGCGGCGCAACCGUACCCACCUCAGAGAGAGGCGGGUCCACUUCCCGCCGGAUGCCAGUCUCGCAGGCCCUCAGCCGCCGAGUGACGUGCCGUCGCCGUGGAGCGACGUUAGUCAGUCUCAGCCGCCGUCACCGUGUGACGUCAGCCAGCCUGCUGAACCUGCCACCCAGCUGUAUCGAACACGGUCUGGCCGCGCAGUCGCACCCAGGUCAAUCCUGGAUGUGUAG